AAGUCAGUUUGAUUAAGGGUGCUGUUGAUGUCUAUUCUUAUCCAGUGCAGUCCUAAUUUUUGACCCAACAAUAUCAUUUAAAUCAAUUUAAAUUCCAUUUGUUGUUGUUGUUUUUUUUUUUUUCGUUUACCAUAAAAUUAGAAUAAAUAAUCAUGAAUAUCAGCAAUGCUGUUCGGCAUCUACCUAAUAGAUAUGUGUUUUCAAAUGGUUUUAAUCAGAUUUUAAAAUUCUCAACACAAUCUGAACCUGUGGCCCCACAAGUUAAUACCGACCAAAUUCCUGGUCCAAAAUCAUUAAAACUACUUAAAGAAUUAAGUGAAUUGCAGAAUGCCGGGUCUGUCCAGUUCUUUGCAAACUAUGACAAAUCAAUAGGAAACUAUAUUGUUGAUGUUGAUGAUAAUGUUUUGCUCGACACAUACACCCAAAUUUCAUCUGUGCCAUUGGGUUAUAAUAAUCCAAGACUGCUUAACGUUUUCCGAAAUGACCAUAAUUUGAAAACACUUGUAAAUAGGCCAGCUCUAGGAGUAUUUCCGGGUAAGGAAUGGCCAGAAAUGUUAAACUCAGUAUUGCUUCCAGUUGCUCCAAAAGGACUCAAAAAUAUCACAACAAUGAUGUGUGGAUCAUGCUCAAAUGAAAAUGCAUUUAAAAAUAUUUUUAUUUGGUACAUUCGAAAACAAAGAGGUCAGAACGUCAAAUUCACCAAAGAAGAAAUGGAAUCCUGUAUGAUCAACAUGCCACCAGGAGCACCCAAACUAAGUAUUCUUUCCUUUAAGGGAGCUUUCCACGGAAGAACUCUUGGAGUUUUAUCAACAACACAUUCCAAAUACAUUCACAAAAUCGAUGUUCCCUCAUUCGAUUGGCCAAUUGCAUCUUUUCCCAAAUACAAAUAUCCAUUAGCUGAAAAUGAAAAAGAAAACAACGCCGAAGAUCAACGUUGCUUAGCCGAAGUUGAGGACCUCAUUACUCAGUAUAAGAAUAAAGGAAUUCCAGUUGCUGGAAUUUGUGUUGAACCAAUUCAAAGUGAAGGUGGUGACAAUGAAGCAUCUCCACAUUUCUUCCAACAAUUACAGAAAAUCAGCAAGAAACAUGGAUGUGCAUUGCUUAUCGAUGAAGUCCAGACCGGUGGUGGUCCAACUGGCAAGAUGUGGUGCCACGAACACUUCAAUCUAGAAUCCCCUCCUGAUGUUGUAACUUUCAGCAAGAAAAUGCAAAUCGGAGGCUACUUCCAUUCUGAUGAGUUUAAGCCAAAUGAACCCUACAGGGUUUUCAAUACAUGGAUGGGAGAUCCAUCGAAAAUUUUACUCCUUCAAGAAAUUUUGAAAGUCAUUAAGGAAGAUAACCUUCUUGAUCAAGUUGCUAGAACUGGAAAAGUUUUGAAAUCUGGACUUUUAGCAAUUGAAAAGGAAUUCCCACAUUUGUUAAAUUCAACUAGAGGCCGAGGAACAUUCUUGGCUAUCAACGUCAAAGAUUCAGAAUCAAGAGAUAAAGUUAUAAAUAAAUUGAAAAUGAAAGGUGUUCAAUCGGGUGGUUGUGGAGAUGUCUCCAUACGCAUGCGACCUGCACUAAUCUUCCAAGAGAAACACGCACAUUUGUUUUUAGAGAAAUUUAGAGAAGCUAUCAAAGAAAUGUAAGCUUCAUGAGACGAUAAACAUAUCGAAGUAACCGCGCACAAUAUUGCUCAAAUGAAAACACGUUCAAGAAUUAUUUUUUUAUAUAGUAAGUAAUUUUAAAAUUGCUUUUUGUUAUUUAGUUAAAACAUUUUAUUAUUAUUUUAUCUAAAGAAAAAAAUAUUGCCAAUGACUCAAAGUAAAUUACCAUCAAAUAAACUUUGCUUAAGAAUAAA